GAAUAGAAAAAGGAAAAAGAUAAUUGAUACAAGAAGUUCAGCUACACUGUACCAGAGUGAAACCUAACCUACAGCUAACUGUACUUUCUGUGAAAUGGACAAUAAUCAGGAGGUUAGAGGAAAGGAGAAGGAAUGAGAAAAAGUUCAGCUGCGGGAACAUAACCUAUAGCGCCAGCUUCGUAUAGAUUGAGAUCCAUAAAUACACAGUGUUCGAGAAAGUUUAAGCAUGUGUAUUGCUGCGUGGUGUAUGCAGCGUGUUGUUAUGACAAAGUUAUUAUUACUGACAAAAUGCUUUUGUCGCAGAUAGAAAAAAAUAAUCGCUAUAUUAGAAUGUAUUGUGUCAAAUAAUUGAGAGAACAAAAAAAAUAUAUAUAUAUAUACGUUAAACGUAUCUGUGGACUGACAUGGUUGUGACUUGUGACAGUAAGACUAUACAGAAUGCUUUGGAAAGUAUCUGCUGAGAUUCUUAUAUUUUGUAUGGUAGCAGAUGUUUUUCUUGCUUCUGAUUAUUCCAAACGUAAUGACGGUUACGAAUGUAGAUUAGGAUCAAAAACUCCUUAUAGAUGUGUAGCUAAUUACGACGAGUCACCGUUGGAAUAUCCAGAUUGUGUGGAGAAAAAGAUCUGGUUAGUUCUGCGUCAUGGGACUCGGUAUCCAGGCAAGAAGUACAUACCUCGUAUGAUAGAUGAAUUACCAGAGUUACAAAAUGUAAUAUUAAACAAUUAUGAUAAAGGAGCGACGAAUCUGUCAGCCGAUGAUGCGGCUCUGUUUAGAAAAUGGAGAUUAUCGUUUGCUCGAGGGCACAUGAUGAAAUUGGCGGUAGAAGGGGAGAAUGAAAUGAUUGAUCUCGGAGAAAGAUAUCAGGCAAGGUUUCCGUCUCUGUUGCCAGAAGAUUUCAACAACCAGACGUAUAAAUUUAGAUUCACCGCCACACAACGUACAGAAGAGAGCGCAAGACACUUCGCUGUUGGUUUAUUCGGUUUUCAUAACAGCAAAAAUGUUUGGUAUCCGUUACCGGUGUAUCGAGAUCGAGUGAUAAGAUUUUACAAGGCUUGUCCUCGCUGGCGUCAAGAAGUUGACAAGAAUUCAGAUGCACAACUAGAGAAAACGAAAUUUCUGGACAGCAAGAUUGUCAAAAAUAUGUUAAACAAUAUUAAAAAGCGCAUCGGUUAUGAUAUCGAUUAUGAAACUGCAUACUUAAUGCACACAACGUGCGCUUUUGAGACUGCUUUAAAUCAAAGUGUAGUAUCUCCCUGGUGUAAAAUAUUUUCAUUAAAUGAUUUCAGAAUCUUUGAAUAUGCGGAAGAUCUAGAAUUAUAUUGGAUCGAUGGAUAUGGCUAUCCACUAACUUAUGAGCAAGCGUGCCCUGCCUUGAAAAAUAUGUUUGACUCUUUUGAAUCCAAUGAAGGGGCAAUGGCUACAGCUUAUUUUACACAUUCCGGCACGAUUUUGAAAUUAAUAGCUUUACUCGGGCUAGCUAAAGAUGCACAUCCUUUGAUGCACGACUCCUUUACAUUACGCAAAAAGGAAGAUAAAAGAGCUUGGAGGAGCAGCAUUAUUGACACAUUUGCAUCUAACAUGGCAUUUGUUUUGUACGAUUGCGAGUAUUACGGGCCCAGUGUGUUAUUCAUGCUUCAGGAACGACCGGUAUAUUUACCAGGCUGUCCGAAAGAUAUGCCAUGUCCAUUACGUACUAUGAAGGCGAUGUAUCCAGAUAACGAUGAAGAAUGUCAGUUUGACGCUAUGUGCCAUAUACAAAAUUGAAGAGCAGUGCCAAAAAUAUUUUUGCAAUAAUGCCAUAUACAUAUGCAUCCUUUUAUUUAUUUACAUAUCUAAUUAAAAAUAUAUUAAAAUAAUUUAAUUUAAAAAAUAUAUAUAUUUUUCUAAGAGAAAUUUUGCCAAAACGUACCUGGUUCAUUUUUUGAUGAAUUCAGAAUCUAUGUUUUUUAAAAUGUACAAUAAAAGAGAUCGACAUUUAUUUUAUC